CGAUGGCUCCUGUCUUGUGACAACCAUCCCUGUCUUUGACCCUCCUCUCAAACAGCGGCCUCUCCCUCCUGCUCUGAUCAGUGUGCAGUGGAUGAGAGGCCAGCAUGUGGUGGACCUGCAGGACCUUCUUGGUGCUCCUCACGGGGCUCCUGGCUCUCUCCUUCUCUCCUCAGGCAGACUCGGCGGCCGUGCUUAGCAGCCAGGACGGCGCCAAGGAGCCACCGGGUCCGCUGAGGAGGGUGUUCAUGAAGGAGGCCGACGCCUCGGACUUCUUCAGGCGGCGCAGCAGACGGGCGGUGAAGUCACCUGACGAGCUGAGUGCCGAGCAGCGGCAGAUCCAGGCGGCGGACGAGCGCAGGAGGGAAUUCCACGAGGAGAAGAGGAACGAGUUCGAGAGCUUCGCCGAAGAGGAGGACGACGAACAAAACGAGAGAACCCGAGAGAGCACGGAGCAGUGGAGGGAGUUCCACUACGACGGCAUGGAUCCCCCUUACGAGUACAACCGUCACACCAACUGACACGGCGUUCCGGAACAUGCUAUAAUUAACCCUUUGUAGUUUGGCUGAAAGAUGCAACCACACGCUUG